CAGCUUUCCAAUCUUCCAAACCAAUGAUAUCUAAACGUAAUCUAAUGAAACCCAUGAUGACUAAAUCUUACUCAGAACCUAUCAUCACUCAAUCAACCAGCAAGAUCCAAUCCGAUCCAAACACUAACAACCUUUCACAACCCAACACUAACCCUACAGCUAAUCGAAAUGGUAAACGAGAUCGAUCUGCAUUAAACUUUGCUAGUUCAUCUCGUCAAUUACCAUCUCAUCAUCCUAGUUUCAUUCAUCCAUUUCUACAAUCUCCAUCUUCUCUUUCUUAUUCUACAAACUGUUUCACUUUCUCAGUAAACCCUCAACCAGUUCUUACUACUCCUAAUCCUACUCCUUCUCCAUCAUCAUCAUCAUCUCAUCCUCAAUCUUUGAUGGUCAUGACCAGACCAUCUGAUCCUAAACAUCCAAUCAUCAAAUCAAACAAACUUACAGACAAUCUCAAGAGUCCUUCUACGCCUAGUGGGUUUUGGUCAGAUAUUAAAAAAACUAUAGAACAGUAUGACCCAAGUGAAUUGGAUGAGAUUGAAACUGAUGAACUUCAAGAAAGACAAUCGAAGAGAAGAAAGAGUGUGGCUUGUACGAUAUUAGAUUCAGCACUUGAAGUCGCUCUUUUUACUUCUGCAAUCGGUUAUGUAGCAUUUCAACUUUGGAAAGGAAAUCGAUUGAAUGAAUCGCCUUCUCAAACUCGAUUACCUAGAACACCAGUCUUACCGACCUCCCCACCACCUCCCUACGAACAAUACACAAGCCUACCGAUCCCAGCCGAAAGUUCAACCCCGGUCCGACCACGCUUAAUGUCCAAACGAUCCUCUCAACGAAAAGUGACUCAUAUCCAUACUCCAAGAACCCCAAGAAACCCAAGAUCUUAUCAAUCUACCCUUCCAACCAAACCUAUUCCCACUCAAUCCAUCGAAUCGAUCACCGAAAGCUUUCAUCAACAAUUAAAAUUAAACGAAGAAGAAGAUCUCAUGGGAGAGUUUAUACCUUCGAUGAAAAACUAUAUCCUUCCACCUACACCUUUGAUGGAAGAACCGAUUGGGAUCAUUGACACCAAUGAAGAAGAUGAUUUAGAGAUCUUAGCCUUUAAAGAUAAAAUCCAAUCUUUAAUUAAAUCGGGUCAUGCAGCCUUGGCUUCGAAACCGAGUUUGUCAGAUGAAUCUGGCUCAAUCACUCAUCAAACUUUAAAUCAAUUCGAUCAUCAGUUUCAUCAAUUUAAUCUAGAUCACACUCAACCUUUACACAAGAAACCAAACGAAAUCAUCGUACUGGAAAACGCUCUAGAUCAAACUCUCAAACGAACCGGUAAAAGUUGGUGGGAAACUUGAUAUUCAGAUUCUCUUUAUUCCUUAUGAACAAUGAACAAUGUCUCUCCUUCUCUCUUUCUUCUUUCUCUCUCAUCACCCCCUUUGGUUAAAUUAUUUACACUUACUUUGGGGUUUUGGAGUUGACUUGAUACCUAUUAUCAAGGUUGUUUCUCACUUUACCAAUUCUUAUAUACCUUUCUAUUGGUUUUCUUGUUGAAAUGUUUUUGGGGCUCAUCAAUCUUUUUCACUCAUUUGUUUUUCUCAUCUUAUUGAUUCUUUAUGAUGUAUGUGGAGGGGUGUAAUUUUUGAUGAUUAAAUGUUUGAGAUCGAUGUAUGCUUUGAUGAUUUGUUUUCAAUUUUAUCUUUAUAUAUAUAUAUAUCUUAUUGAUAAUGAAUUCUUUUAGUUUGAUUUCUUUUCAUGACUUCUUGUAAUCAUUUGUUUGUUUCGCAUCUUAUCUCGAUUAUAUGAUGAAUUCUUUUUUGCUUGUAAUGAAGAUUGGCUUGUUACGAUGAUUUUGUUUUACUUCAUUUGGAUCAAUUACAUUCUUUUUUUGGUUUGAUUCUACUUGUGAAAGAUUUCUUGGAGUUUGAAGGAAUUUUGAAGUAAUUCAAGUAUUUUCUCAAUGUUCUGUAACAUGCUUGGUUAUAUUAUUUCAUAAUGUCAUAGAAAUAUAUGAAGAGUAAUCAAAAAAUGUUCCAU